UUGCAUCUCUUUUUUAAGGAUAAAGAAAGAGACGAAAUACUCGAGGAUCUUGUUACAGAAUAUCACAAGCAACGAAUUGCUGAAAUAGAUUUUAAAAAACCAGCCGCAAACUCAAAAUUGUGUUAUGAUAUAGAUGGGGAAAAGGAAAAAAUAACACUGAAAGGUGCUGCUUGUAUUUUUAUGCUGGAUGUGAAUUCACUGUCAAAAGUACACGUCGGGGCAAUGCGCUGGAAUAAAAUUGAUAUGAUGAAACAAUCAUCGGAGCGAGAGAACAAUUCACUCGUGUUCUUGGCAUCAAAUGGCUAUUUUUGUUCCGAGACUAGAUUUUCGCAUAUCGAUGACGGCGAAUGUGUACAGCAUACUUCGCUACGCGAAUAUUUUGUGUUUUGUUGCUGCCAUACGAAAAUUGAACUUUGCGCAUACUCAGCAUCUGAAUUAACAAUGAAAAGCGUGGAGACAAACCGCAAAAUGUGGGAAUCUAAACUCGAAAUUCGAAAUCCAAUUUUAGCUGAUGAAUUACGCAUAACGCCUCAUGAUGUACGCACAAGUCCCUGGACUUACCGUGAUUACAUUUAUAGUAGACCAGUGAAGAUGGGUUAG